AUGUCCCAUUAUCAAUCUCAACCACCUUACGGAGCUCCUCCCCAGGGCUAUCCUCCCACUGGCUACCAACAACAACCUCCCUACCCUCAACAGCCUCAACAGCAAUACGGCGCGCCCACUGGUCCUCCACCACAAGGCCACUAUCCACCCCAGCAGGGUCAAUACGGCCAACCCCCUCAGCAACAGGGCUACUACGGCGCACCAUCUCCCCAACCAGCCGCAGGAUACCAUGCGCCCUCCCCCCAACCCCCAGUCGGAUAUCACCACACACCAUCACCACAGCCAGGAUACGGCGCACCGCCUGUCCAAGCGCCCUACGGCCAAGCACCACCCCAAGGCUAUGCGCCUCCCCCAGGACCCCCAAUUGGCGGCGCACCGGGCUUCGCACCACCCGGCGCAUACGGCGCACCACCCAUGGGCUAUGGCGCCCCAGCAAUGCCAUCCCUAGGCUACGCGCCGGGCCAAGUAGCACCAGGCGAUUUCCGUCGCGAAGCAGACAUCUUACGCAAAGCGAUGAAAGGGUUCGGCACGGACGAAAAAGCCCUGAUCCAAGUUCUUGCACACCUAGACCCGCUCCAGAUGGCCGCAGUACGCGCCACCUACUCCCAACACAUCGGCCGCGAUCUGUAUAAGGACGUCAAGUCCGAGACGGGCGGGUACCUGGGUCAGGGACUCUUAGCCUUGAUCGAGGGCCCGCUAGGACACGACGUGAGCUGUGCGCGGGAGUCGAUCGACGGGAUUGGCACGAAGGAGUGGUUGAUGAAUGAUGUACUUCUUGGUAGAUCCAAUGCGGAUCUAAAUGCUAUCAAGACAGCUUAUGAGCGCAAAUACCAUCGUCAUCUUAUUCGGGAUGUUGAGGAUGAUUUGUCGAUGAAGACGGCGGUCUUGUUCAAGCGGGUUUUGGAGGCUAGGAGGCAUGAGGAAUCGAUGCCUUGCAAUCCACAGGAUAUUAGUGCUAAGGUUGCUGCUGUGCAUGCGAAGCAGAAGGAUCGGGCGCUUGAUAUUCUGGCUACUUCGUCGGAUGCGGAGUUGAGGGCUAUUGAUCAUGAAUUGAGUUCGAGGUAUCAUACUUCGUUGGAGAAGGUUGUUGUGAAGGAUUACUCGGGCCAUAUGGAAAAGGCUUAUGUGCACAUUGUGCGGAGUGCGACGGAUCCGGCUAUGCGUGAUGCUAUUCUGCUCGAGGAAUGCAUGGAGGGCAUGGGGACAAAGGAUGAGGCUCUGGUUACGAGAAUUGUGCGUAUGCACUGGAAUCGGGAUCAUAAAGAUCAGGUGAAGCGUGCCUAUCGUCAUAGGUACAAGAAGGACUUGAUCCAGCGUGUGCGUGGGGAGACCUCGGGUGACUAUGAGCGCUUGAUGGUUGCUCUAUUAGAGUAG